CUCCCCAGAAGCAGAAUCCACCCGCUCGGAUCUCGCAAUCGCCAUGGCGGAUGAGGAACCUGUUGAUCCAAAGAAGUAUCUCGAGGACCGUUGCAAGCCACAAUGUGUAAAACCAUUUUAUGCUUAUGAGAAAUGUGUUAAGAGAGUCGAGGCUGACGAUACUGGGCACAAGCACUGCACUGGGCAAUAUUUUGACUAUUUGUCAUGCGUCGACAAGUGUGUAGCCUCAAAGCUCUUUGAAAAGCUCAAAUGAUGACUGGAUGCUACUUUCAGUGAGUGACCUGAUCAUUGGCCAUAACCUUGUCCAUUGAAAAGUUGACGAGUCUGGAAACUGCCCUGUAAUCGUGUUUCUAUUUCCUGAACUUGUAAUAAGAGCCACUCUUUUGCAACCGUCGAUUUAUGUGGGCUAAGCACUGAUGAUGUCGAUAAUAACUUGAUGUCUGUUGAUUUA